AUGAUUUCCAACAUCUUGAAGUUCUCCUUCCUUGCCGGCAGCGCCCUCGCUGUCCCGGUUGAGUCUGACAUUGAGAAACGCAUCGACUGCCCGAGCGUCCACAUCUUUGGUGCGCGCGAGACCACCGUAUCUCCCGGGUUCGGCUCAUCCAGCACGGUUGUCAAUGGCCUCCUCAGUGCCUACUCAGGCUCCACGGCCGAGGCGAUCAGCUACCCUGCAUGCGGUGGACAAUCGUCCUGCGGCGGCGUGAGCUACUCGAACUCAGUUGCCCAGGGUAUCGCAGCUGUCGCAUCGGCUGUGAACUCCUAUAACAGACAGUGUCCAUCAACCAAGCUUGUUCUGGUCGGAUAUUCCCAGGGUGGUGAAAUCAUGGAUGCAGCCUUAUGCGGCGGCGGCGUCCCAAACCAAGGCUACACCAACACUGCGGUCCAGCUAUCGACAUCCGCUGUGAACAUGGUCAAGGCAGCCAUCUUCAUGGGUGAUCCACUGUAUGUGGCAGGAUUGUCGUAUAAUGUUGGGACUUGUGCUGCUGGAGGCUUUGACGCACGUCCUUCUGGCUUCUCUUGCCCAUCGGCCCGUAAGAUCCAAUCGUACUGCGACUCCCCGGAUCCAUACUGCUGCAACGGCAGUAACGGCGCGACGCACCAGGGCUACGGAGCUGAGUAUGGCGCAAAGGCUAUUGCUUUUGUCAAGAGUAAGUUGGGUUAG